AUGUCGGACGACGGUCAGGAGCUUGUUACCAAGCCCUUCAAGUUUGUCACUGGCACUGAUGCUCGUUUCCCCAACAUGAACCAGACCAAGCACUGCUGGCAAAACUACGUCGAUUACCACAAGUGCAUUAUCGCCAAGGGCGAGGACUUUGCGCCCUGCCGCCAGUUCUGGCUGUCUUACCGAUCCCUCUGCCCCUCCGGCUGGUACCAGCGUUGGGAUGAGCAGCGCGAGGCCGGCAACUUUCCUGUCAAGCUCGACGCUUAA